UUCAUUGCUUCGAGUGUUACCUUGCUAGUAGUAGCCCUCAUAUCAAAGUCGCAGCGCGGCGUAUGGCAAUGAUGAUGGACCUACGUUUAAUAUUGUUUAUUGGAAGCCUUUUCCUCCUUUUAUCUCCAGACCUAUUUCAGACAAUUCUUGCUCAAGAACAAUACGAUGUGAGGCUGGUGGGAGGAUCGACUGCUGCUGAAGGUCGAGUGGAGAUCUACUACCGGUCAUCGUGGGGUACAGUAUGCGACGAUACAUGGGCCAGCGACGAGUCACAGGUGGUGUGUCAGCAGCUGGGUUACUCAGGAAAUGCAGAAACUCACGCCAAGGCUGCCUUUGGUCAAGGAACCGGAACAAUCUGGUUAGACGACGUGAAUUGUAUUGGGAGCGAGACGUCGUUGUCAUCGUGCACCCACCGCGACUGGGGAACCAAUGACUGCAGUCAUGCUGAAGAUGUAGGGGUCAGAUGUCAGACAAGUGAUGUUACCGAGGGAUCGCUGAGACUUGCUGGAGGAGCGACCCCGAAUGAGGGACGGGUCGAGAUUUACCACAAUGGCCAAUGGGGCACCGUAUGCGACGACAACUGGGAUUUUACUGAUGCUGACGUAGCCUGCCGGCAGCUAGGCUACCCGGGAGUCGCUGUAUUAAUCGACGGGGGUACCGGGUUGGGGCCAAUCUGGUUGGAUGAAGUGAUUUGUUUAGGCUCGGAGUUAAGGCUUUCUUCAUGCCUCCAUAGUGGUUGGGGAGUCAAUAACUGUGGUCAUUCCGAAGAUGCAGGAGUGCGUUGCUCAUCCCCAGAUGUUAACGAGGGAUCGCUGAGACUCGCUGGAGGAGCGACCACGAAUGAGGGACGGGUUGAGAUUUACCACAAUGGCCAAUGGGGAACUGUAUGCGAUGACAACUGGGAUUUUACUGAUGCCGACGUAGCCUGCCGGCAGCUAGGCUACGCGGGAGUCAACAGAUUAAUCGACGGGGGUUCCGGUUUGGGGCCAAUCUGGUUGGAUGAAGUGAUUUGUUUAGGCUCGGAGUCUAGGCUUUCUUCAUGCCCCCAUAAUGGUUGGGGAAUCAAUAACUGUGGUCAUUCCGAAGAUGCAGGAGUGCGUUGCUCAUCCCCAGAUGUUACCGAGGGAUCGCUGAGACUCGCUGGAGGAGCAACCACAAAUGAGGGACGGGUUGAGAUCUACCACAAUGGUCGAUGGGGCACUGUAUGCGGCGACAACUGGGAUACUGCUGAUGCUGGUGUAGCCUGCCGGCAGCUAGGCUACCCGGGAGUCGACAUAUUAAUCGACGGGGGCCGUUCCGGGUCGGGGCCAAUCUGGUUGGAUGAAGUGGCUUGUCGUGGCUCGGAGUUUAGGCUUUCUUCAUGCCACCAUAGUGGUUGGGCCGAAAUCAAUAAUUGUGGUCAUCCCCAAAAUGCAGGAGUGCGAUGCCUAACUGCAGCUGAUUUAGAAAAGACAUUGAGACUCUCCGGUGGAGCGGAUGAAAAAGAGGGGCGCAUUGAAAUCUUUCAUGACGGUGAGUGGGGCACCGUGUGCGACGACAGCUGGGACAUCCAGGAUGGAGUGGUAGCUUGCCGACAGCUUGGCUACUUUGGCGUUGACACGGUGUACGACAGAGCUCAUUUUGGCGAGGGUUCCGGGACUAUAUGGCUUGAUGAUAUGCAGUGCAGGGGCACGGAGGACAGGUUGAGUGAUUGUUCUGGAGGAAGUAGUUGGGGAGUCCAUAACUGCGGUCAUUCGGAAGAUGCCGGAGUGAGGUGCUCAUUGACUCCGGGCAAUGGAGAAGUGCGAUUGGUCGAUGGCCCCUCAGAACGGGAAGGGCGCCUGGAGAUCUUCAACGCCUUUCAGUGGGGUACCGUCUGCGAUGAUAGCUGGGAUAGGGCGGAUAGCGAAGUGGUCUGCGGGCAGUUGGGCUUCUCUGGGAAAGCGGAUUACUUCAUUGCCACUGAGAAGGGGUAUGGUAGUGUGGAGGGCCAGAUUUGGCUCGAUUCCGUGUCGUGUGAUGGGUAUGAAGAGCGAUUGGAAUACUGCACUCACAGCGGCUGGGGAGUACACGACUGCACACAUUCAGAAGAUGUCGGUGUAGCAUGCCCUGCCAGCUAUGCAUCAGGAGGAGGAGGUGGUGGCUUAUCAGGAGGGGCAAUAACUGGAAUCAUCAUCGGAUCUAUAUUUGGAAUAAGCUGUUGCUAUUACUGUUGUUGUAAAGGAGAUAAGAAGAAACCGCCAAACAAUGUGCAGAUAACGACCCAAACAAGAAUCGAAGGACCUCUGGAGUCAGGAGCUAUGCUUAGAGUCGAGGAUGGGGACAACAUCCCUCCAGCCACUGCUAUCGAUCCUGACCCCGGAGAACCGGACCUCCCACCCCCAUCGUACGAUGAUAUCGGCCAGUAUUCGUCGUAUGGUGGGCUAGGACCGGAGGGGGCAUACCCCCCACCAGCAUCGGCACCAGCAUACCCCUCUGCACCCCCCUCCUCCAUGCCCUACCCACCAUCAUCUACAGGUGCUUCCGUUACAUAUCAUUUUCCUCCUGGUGAUUCGGGUGCGGUCCCGUCUCCACCUCCUGCUUAUCCCGACAGCUAAUCCUCUUCCGAUGUCGCAUAUCGAGGGUUCAGUGACACAAAGACGUACCGGUAACUCCAUAUUUUGCCAAAAUACGUAUUUGAUGUCAAAAUGUUCAGAAAAAUGUGGGCUUUCCAGGAAACACAAAGACUUUACUCCACCGACACCCCAUAAAAGUCAAUGGCUAGUGAAACAUAGACUUUACUCCUUAAGGCCCAAGUGCUCAGUGACACAUAAACCACUUUUUCUCUAAAUGGCCAAAAUGGAGUUACGUCUUUGUGACACUGACCCCUCGAUAUCAAAGUAGAUGCAAUUCCUUAUGACUAAAGGAAGGUUUUCUAUACGUUUUUUUUAUGCAAAUGAUCAUCUAUUACUUGUACUUUUCAUUAUGUACUCGGUUGUAGCCACUGUACAUGAAGAUUCCCAAGUUCUAUUGGGUUGUUUAUAUUAUGUGUCUGUCCAUCAUGAGAAAGUUAUCUUUUGUCAGAUUGCAAGUUCACUCUGAUAUCUUGUUUGUCAUUCAUGUCAUAAUUUUUUUUUUAAAUUAGCACCACGUAUCAGAAAAAGGAAAAUUCAAUAAGUGAGAAAAGAUAAAUUUUUAAAAGUUGUAGUUGAUUAAACAGAGUAGCCAUCCAUUAUAUAAAUGUAUUUUAUUUGUAUUUUUUUUUUUUUUGAACCGAGAGAUUAAAAGAGAUACCAUUUUCUUUGUUCUUAAUGAAAAGAUGUACAUGUAGGGGAUCUGUAGGGAAUUGAAGGGUUUGUAGAAACCUGUCAUAAUAGGUUUGAAAAAAAAAUUCUUAAAAGAAAACUCGUGAAAAAAUAUGUACAGCUUCUCACAAAGGAAACCGAAAUGUUAAAAAAUCCAAACUUUCUCAUCCAGAUUUUCCUAAAACUUUCUGAUUUUUUUCCUCUCAUUUCUUUGCCUCGAUCAAAGGAAAUUUAAUUCAAGGAAGGACUUCCCCUUUAGAUGUCCUUACAAAUUUUUAUGAAUCUUGCCAGAAAGAACAAAAGAUAGACAAAUUGAUUUGUAAUUUUAAUAGGUAUAUAAAUUUAAUUCUAAUUUUAUAUCAGAGCUUCCAGGUCUCUAAACUUUAUUUUUCUCUCUGGAGCAUGAGUAAGAGCAAAAAUUUUUUUUUUAAGGUUCCAUUUAUAUGGCUACUAGCAUUUUAACUCCUUUACUGUGUGUGAUAUUCCUUGCAUUACAAAUGUUUGAUUUGCUUACAAUUUUAUUUUGAUUACUUUUCUUGUUUUACAUUUUUACAUAUUUUCAUAGUCUGUAGUUUAGCCUGAUUUGAUGAGUGAAUUUGUCAUGAUCUUUAAAAUAUUUCACAGAACUGUUUGUUACCCAUGAACAUCAUUACUGUUUGCAAGUUCUGUUACCAUAUUAAUGGACAUUUAUAUAUCAAGGUUCUGACUCAUUUUUAUUACCAGUAUGUUAUGUAGAAAGAAUCUAGGCAUUUGAUUGGAAAACAAAAAACAGAGUGAAUAGCAAUAUUGUGUUUACAUUUGGUUGGCCUAAAAUAUAGAACUCAUAGUUGUUACAUAUAGGAUUACAUAUAAAAAUUCAUUCUAACAAAAAAAAAAAUCUUAUUUGUUUGUUUGACCUAAAUGCUAAGAAUUAAUGUGUAUAUGCUUGUAAGUAAGUAGGCAGGGGACCAACGACUUUAAGUCCUCUCUGAGGGACUUCCAAAGGGCAUUGGGGCAUUGACUUGGGUCCGAACCCAGCACCUUCAGGUUAGGAAACCAACGCUCUACCACUGAGCCGUCAUGCCUCCCUUCUUCCUUUAUUGAAAUAAAGCUUCACUGCCAGUACUAAAACUUGCUUUAAGUUAAUAGCAGACGAGAACCUUAAAAAAGAAUGUGUACAGCAAGAAUGCAUAAAAUAAACCCAACUUUUUUUAGCAUGUACAGUAUCUUAUGGGCUAACGGAUAAGGGCCGGUAUUCAAUUCAAUACUUAAAAUAAGUAAGAAAUUUACUAAGUAAAUGGCUAAUCCAAGAAGUUUACUUAUCUCGAUGUAUUGAGCACUAUAUAAACACGGAAUUUUAAUAUUAUUAUUUAUUCUAGACUUUUACUUACCCGAGACAAAUCUAAGUAAAAUACUUACUCAUAAGCAUUGUGACAUCACAGGGUCAAUCAAAAGUAAUGCACAACUAACGCGUCACAAUAAAUGCGCGCUAAUAUAAUCGUGCGCAGGUUAUAAUACUCAUUUUUGCAUAAGAAAACCAUAUGCCUGCCAAUCAAGGCCUCCAAAUAAUUGGCCUAAGUCUGGUAGGGAGCAGUCUUAAAUUUAGGGUAAAUACUUAGCCAAAAGUUUGAAUUGAAUACCAAAAUUGGCUAAGUAUUUUAUCUACCGGUAAGCCAAAUACAAAGUAAAAAGCUUACAUUUUGUACUUAAGUAUUGAAUUGAAUAUAGGCCAAUGAGUAUAAAGUAAAUUAAGGAUAACCUAAAACCUCCCUCACGGAGCCAAAGUCUGACUUGGUGCCCUACAGGCCCUUUUUCUAUAGUGCGAGUGAGUAGGGGUGCACUGAGCAGACCACUCACAAGUCACUUUUAUUUUCAUGGAGAGAGUAUUUAAACUUGCAACAUAUCUCUCUGUAGAAUUAGUAUUUGAAGCUUUUAUUGUGAAUAAUUAUGUAGUAUAGUGACAUUAAACCCUUAACAUGUAAGGUAAAAUAUAUUUUUUAAAAUUUUUGGUAGAUUUGAAGUUUGUGUAGAGACUCAAACUGCUGUCAUGUGCAAUUCAGGUAGAGAUGAAAAACGAAACCCUGUCAUCUGUUUUAUAUUAAUACAUGCUUGUGUGCUGCAGGUUAUCUUUGUAACAUAUUUCUGUCUACUAGUUGAUAUCACUGUCAAUUAUGCCAACUGUAUAAACAUGAAACAUUUGUGUAACCUUAACCAUUUGGUCAAUUGUAUACAAUUUAAGAUACAAGUAAUAUAUAUGGAUGUAUUUGAAAAUAUAUUUUAUAACGUAGAGCAA